AUGGCCGGCGACGGCGACCUCGCCCCCCGACGCCUCCGCCAGCAAGUCGCCCUCGCCUCCGACCACGACUUCGCCUUCCAACUCCAGCUCAACGAGGCCAUCCAAGCUUCCCUCCGCGUCCCUACUCCCAACCGGCCCUCUUCCAGCGCCGCCGCCGCCGCCUCCUGCUCUUGCCGCUUAUGUCAACCCGCCCCUCCGCUCUGGUCCUCCGAAGCCGCCGAACUUGCGCGCCAAGAGAAGAACCGCCGCGACGCGCAGGCCUUCCGCGCCGCCCACGCCCAGGCAAACACCUCUGCCCGCGUCGCCUCCCGCGGCGCCCUCUUGGCGCGCGAGCUCGCCGACACUCCAGAUCGCCGACGGGCCCACGGCGGAGACCACUUCGAGCGACCUCUGGAUCCAAGCCGCGCCCCUCUCUUCCGCGUCUUCUACAAGGGAUUGUCGAACAAGGAGGGCGCGGGGAGGUGGGGCGUCCCGGACCCCCGCGACGCGGUGCUCGCGGUGGCCGUGUACGAUCCCCGGGGGAAGGUGGUGCGCACCACACAGAAGCGCGUGGAAAGUUUCGAGGGCGGGCGCAUGGAGCUCGAGGUGCUGGCGCUCAUGGAAGGCAUCCACGCUGCGCUCGAGCUGGGGAUACGAUGGGUCAACAUUGUCUCCGACUUCAAGGCGCUGCACAAAUAUAUGCUUGGAACUUGGCGUCCCACAAAGAGUAAGAUUGAAGAUAUGGUAAAUGAGGCUCUUUCACUGAUGAGUAAAUUCAAGCAAUGUGAAUUCUCACUUAUUCCUCGAGGCCAAGUCGGUUAUGCAACAAAAUUAGCAACAGAAUUGGUAGGUACCAAGAAGAGAGAGACCUGCGCCAUCUGUUUGGAAGACACUGAUCUUUCUAAGAUUUACGCAGUUGAAGGUUGUGCACAUCGGUUUUGCUUCUCCUGCAUGAAAGAGCAUGUGAAAAUUAAACUACUUGGUGGAACGCUUCCAGCUUGUCCACAAGAUGGUUGCACUACCAAACUAACUGUGAAAGAUUCAAAGAUAUUCCUGUCACCACAACUGUUAGAGAUCAUGGUGCAACGUAUCAGGGAAGGACAAAUCCCUCCUACUCAGAAGAUCUAUUGCCCGUACUCCAAGUGUUCAGCCUUGAUGUCUUUGAGAGAAGUGAUAAGCUCAUGGGCCUUAAUGUACACUGUUGCUGGAGGUCCAACGUUGAGAAAGUGUAUCAAAUGCAAGGGUUUGUUCUGCAUCAGCUGUAAGGUCCCAUGGCAUGCUGGGAUGAGUUGCUCUGACUACAAGAGAAAGUAUCCUCACGUUCGUCCAGAAGAUGCCAAGCUGCAGAACCUUGCACAGCAGCGGUCGUGGCGCAAGUGUGUCAAAUGCAACCACAUGAUUGAACUCGCAGAGGGUUGCUACCAUAUAACUUGCGUGUGCGGCUAUGAAUUUUGCUACACCUGUGGGAAAGAAUGGAAGGACAAGAAGGCGACUUGCUCCUGCCGGCUGUGGGAUGAACGCAAUAUAAUCCAUGAUCGAGGAGGACGGCGGUGA